GGCACGCGCAGUCGCGGGCGCGCGCGCUGACGGCCGGGCGGCGGCGGCUCACGGAGGCGGUGGCUCCACUUUUCAGGACUCAGGGGCGGCCACAGCGACAGCCGCGGGCAGUAGCCUCGGGAGCCGGAGCUGGAACGGCCGGGGCGGCGGCGGCGGCGGCGCCGGGGGAUCUAAAAUGUCCACUGAGGCACAAAGAGUUGAUGACAGUCCAAGCACUAGUGGAGGAAGUUCUGAUGGAGACCAACGUGAAAGUGUCCAGCAAGAGCCAGAAAGAGAGCAAGUUCAGCCCAAGAAAAAGGAGGGAAAAAUAUCCAGCAAAACAGCUGCUAAAUUGUCAACUAGUGCUAAAAGAAUUCAGAAGGAACUUGCAGAAAUUACGUUGGACCCACCUCCCAACUGUAGUGCUGGACCCAAAGGAGACAACAUUUAUGAAUGGAGGUCAACUAUAUUGGGACCCCCAGGAUCUGUCUAUGAAGGAGGGGUGUUCUUUCUUGACAUUACCUUUUCACCAGACUAUCCGUUUAAACCCCCCAAGGUUACCUUCCGAACCAGAAUUUAUCACUGUAAUAUUAACAGCCAAGGCGUGAUCUGUCUGGACAUCCUGAAAGACAACUGGAGUCCGGCCCUCACCAUUUCUAAAGUUCUCCUGUCCAUCUGCUCUCUUCUUACAGACUGCAAUCCCGUAUUUCAAACUUUUUAAACCUACCAUAAAAAUGCACAGAUCGUGGACGUUGAUUUUGAUGAAUUUUGACAAUUGCAUCCAUCUGUGUAAGCACCACCCAAAACAAGAUGUAAAACAUUUCCUUGAUCCCAGAACAUUCCUUUAAGCCUUUUUCCUGUCAGCUCCUCUCCCGACCCCCAGGGAACACAUUCUGAUUUCUAUCUCUGCGGUUUGCCUGCUGUCAAUUCCCUACGAUUGGAGUGUGUCAUCUGCUGUGUCUGGCUUCUCUCACUCAGCACGUUUUGCGAGAUUCGUCCACGUUAUUCAGAGUAUUGAUAAUUCAAAGCACUUUUUAACUCUGAUCCCCUGAGGGGCAGGUGAGUACUGUGUCGGUAAGACUUUUUUAGAGUAUCAGUGGGCUGUCCCUCUUGGCUUUCUGAGAAGCUAACCUUCACCCUAGUCCAGGUGCCUGGGAGGAAAUUAGCAUCGGCUGCAGAAGGAAAUCCAGGAGAAAGCCCCAGGUAACCACCGCCUUUUCUCGAUCAUGAUGGUUGAAUUAACUCUGCAACAUAGUGGCUCUCAAACCACAUUUUGGACGAUAGCUUGUUGUCAUUGUUGUUUUUUCCAGUGCAAUAACUUUUAGCCAACAGCACACUAAAUAAAUAUGUUGAAAUCGGUGAUAUUUUGACCUCCAGGCAGGCAAAAACACAUCAGCCGUUUAACCAACAUGACAGCGUCUCGUCAAAGAAGACCGUAUGGCACGGAUUUGAAUGUUCACCACGUUUGCACGAACCCCGUGUACCGGGCGCGUAAACCCGGCCAGGAAGAUGCAGAGCAACACGUCCUAUGACUCUCGGCUCUCGUUACCACUGCGCGAUUCCCACAUCUCCAAGAACCCGUGUGCUCAGCCUUUAUUUCUCCCUAAUGAUGUUUAUCUGUAUACUCCUUGAAGUGCACCUUGAGAGCAAAGUAAUUGUGAGCCCAAAGGUUGAAAACUUAGUGAAGAAAACAUGAAGCAAGAAGGACGAACUUAUAAGGCGUGAUUCCCUCCCAGCCUCCUUCCCUCGACCCCUUUUGGUCCUUUGGUGAGUUCAGAAAAGACCUUUGUUACCUUACAUUCUAUGUCCAAACCAGAUUUAUAUACCUUCAUGCGUUAUUACUUGUAUGUACUUAUUUUCAUUGUACAAUUGACAGAGUUUUCUACCUGUGAAAAUGGUUGAAGUAUCUCAGAUUAGGAGAAAAUACAUCGUGAUUUUUUUUUCCCACUAAAAUUGAUGAGAACAAAUUUCUCAUGAAUGACUUUUCCCUUAGUAGCAAAAUUUCAGGAGUGGAUUUAGGUGCUUCAGCAGGGACGGGUGGGUGUAGAUUUCUGAAUUUCCAAACUGGGAUUCUGCAGCAUGACGAUCACCUUGAAUUGUCUAAAAUCCCUUUACACUCCUGGGGUCUGACUGUGGGUGGAGACUUUCAUAAAAGCAAUGCAGGCAGAAAGGGCAGAUAGAAGAACAGUGGCUCCUUGGCCCGCCCGGAGGUAGGAAAGAAAGGAGGAGAGAAAAAAGAGAUAAAAUUCGCAAAAAUGUCAACCGUUACCGACCAGUGAUCUUGGCCUCCUUAAGCAAUAGAAAUUGACAAGAGGCCAGACAAGAAAUUCAAGCAAGGCUUUAUUGGGGCCCCUGCUGCAGCAGAGGCGGGGCGGGGG